UAUAGUAUGUUUGUUGGUCAGUUUAUCAUAAUUACUUUGAGUAGAAUUGGCCUUUCAUAUUCAUGUUCACGAGUCCCUUAACAUAUACGUUCUUACUCUGGGCGUCUAGUCCGUAACCCUUCACGGGGUCGUGGGGGCGUUGCACUGCUAAACGCUGCCAGAGAACUAGAAGUCUCCGCUCCUGACAGUCAUGGGCAAGACUUGGGUCGUGACAACACUCUUGUCUGUCCACUAGGCAAUGUCUUUUGCCCAUUUCUUCCUCUGCUUGCCUCUUCUUCUUCCACCCUGAACUGUCCCUUGGAGGAUGGUCUCUGAUAAGCCACUGGCUCUCGUCACAUUCCUAAUAGGCAUAUUAUUGACUGUUGAAUGUUCUGCACUUUGUCGUACUGAUAAUGACAUUGAGCUGACUCGACUUUCCCAUAGAUGAUCGAUCUAACGAUUUAUAGACGGUUUAAUUGUGUACACUUUUUCAUAGUCACUGUGAAAUGUGCACUUUGUCAUACAGACUGUUAAAUUAUGUUAAUUUUUUAUACCUAUAGAAUUACACGGGAGUAGGUAUUAUUUCAAUGUGCCUUUUUUUGAAUAGCAUAUAUUUAGCCAGAAAUAUUGUUAACUUGCAUGCAUUUAGCCAUAGCAAUAGUUCAACAUCGUGCAUUUAGCGAUAACAAAUAUUAAAUGGCAUUCAUUUUGUCGCAGGUAUAUGGUCGUUGAGACAUACUCAGCUCCGAACGAAAGGAACAAGAUCUACAAGACUGGAGCAAACCCUUUCAACUUUGACCUCACUGGCGGGACCUCCACAGGCUACAGAAUCAGAGACAAAGUGUUGUCUGAAUACGUCAACUUGCCAACAGGAGCAUGGCCCAACUUUGUUAUCGGCAACCAUGACGUCGCCCGUUUGACGGUGAAGUACGGGCCGCAGCACGUGGGCAUCUACAACAUGUUACUACUCACCCUGUGGGGGACGCCCACUUGUUACUAUGGAGACGAGAUUGGCCUCGAACCACCCACCAUUACCUGGGAGCAAACCGUGGACCCUUGGGGACUCAACUAUGGCCCGACUCGAUACUCAGAAUUCAGCCGCGAUCCCCAACGAACCCCCAUGCAGUGGGACAGUUCCUCUCAAGCUGGUUUUACUACUGGGAACUCCACCUGGUUGCCCAUCGAUCCUAGUUAUAAUCGGAUUAAUGUUAAAACCGAGCAAGAAAGUGCUGGUCAGAGCAACAUCAAACUAUACAAACAGCUGGCUGCACUCCGCAAGAACAAGGCUUUUCAACUGGGAUCUUUCAAGCCUUCAGCCAGGGGAAGGACUCGUCUUCCAGAUCUCUGUAUCAUCCUGGCCGGUCGUCGGAUAGACCCCAUGACGUCACACCAGCUGGUUGUUUUGAUGGACCCCACAUGA